AUGACCUGGGCUAGCUGCGUUCUAGAUCAGUUGCGCUCGAGAAAUGCAUACGAGCGCUCCAUCUCUUCCAUCACCUCGGAAUGCCGAAGGUUGCAGGAGGAUCUCUGGCAUGUCAGAAGCGCCAAGAUCGCGCUAGAGCGGCAGACACUGACGGCAGCCGCAUCGUCCUCCCUACAUGGCGGCGAUCUCAGCGGGUUGCUAUCGGACACUCCUGUAGCCCCCCACCUGAGGAGUCAGCUGGGAGAUGCGCUACAUGCUAUGCUGCAGUCAUCGAGGUCUUCCCCUCACCGAGCUGUCGACCCUCUCAUGAUCAGCGCGAUCGAGGAGGUGAUCGCAAGGUCUCUCAAGGUCCGGGGAGAAGCCGCAGACAGGAAGGAGGAGGCGAAUGAGGAGGGGAAGCGCGACGAGCUUCGGGUUGCGGACAUGGAGUCCUGCUUCGCCGCGUUCGUCUGUCGCACCCUGAUCGUCCAGGAUGGAGACUUUGAGCUGUCGAGGAUGCAGAGGCUGCUGAACGAGUUCCGAGAGCUGGUUGCUAAUGCCUGCUACGGCACGAUCUCGACGAGGGUGGAGAGGUCGGAAAGCGAGGAGACUCCACGAGACGAGCAAGACCCGAGUGGGAUGGGGGAAGCCAGCCUCGACCCAGUGGAGGAGAUGGCGAUGCGCAAGGCCAGGAGGAGCGUUGCCCGGCAUGUUCUAGAGCUCCAUCAGAAGCUCUACACGUCUGAGAUCCUUCUUGGAGAGAAGCAUCAGGAGGUUGUUCUGUGCUACCAGAAGAUGGCAGAGAGGGCGAAGGAUUUCUCCUCCUUACAAGCUCAGCUGACACAGCUGAGGAGCCAGCAGCACAAGGCGCUGGUGGAGGCGAGGGAGAGCAAGAAGUGGUGCUCGACAUUGGAGGAGGAGAACCUGGGGUUGAAGAAGAAGAUAGGGAAGCAAGAGGAGGACAUGCGAAACUUGGAGGCAUCUCUCUUGUCGCUGCAAAGACAGCUGGAGAGGAGCGAUGUGCAGCUAGACCAUGCCGUGGAAGGGGAGAAAGGGGCAAGGGGUCGAGUGGAGGAGGUGGAGAAGUUUUACAGACAGCAGCUUGUUUUACUUGGGAUGGACGUGAAGUGUGCGGAGCAGGAGCAGGAGCAGGAGAGGGAGCAGUAG